AUGGUCUCCAUCACUCCAUUCUAUGUUAGUGGUAAAAACAAACGGAAAGUGUUCCUCUCGGUUGGCCUGGUGCUGGCUAUGGUGUACGUCUUGUUCUCAAUCAACUACCAGCCAUUACACGAGAACUGCUUUGCCCGAGAAUUCCCCGACCCGUUCCGGGUACUGGAAGAUGUGCAGAAGUCACACAAACAACCUCAACACGGGAAGAACAUCUUCUUCCAUGAAACGUCCUGCUCUGCAGAUGGGAUAAUUAGGCUGAAUGCUCGCCAAGCGUGUGCCAUCGAAUCGGCCGCACGGAUGAACCCCAACUGGAAUGCGUUCGUGCUGUUCGCAGCCCCGGUGGGAUUCCGUAAUAAGAGUGCGCUUCCACUGCUGGACGUUCUGCACGCGUAUCCCAACAUCAAUCUGCGGCACGUGAACCUCUCGACCUACGCUCAGGAUACGCCGCUGGAAGAUUGGAUGCACACUGGAGAAAUUUUCCGCUCCAAGUACAUGAAUUCCCACCUGUCGGACGUUAUGCGAUAUCUGACGCUGUACAAGUACGGCGGAACCUAUCUGGACUUGGACGUAGUGGUGCUGAAGUCGUUCGAUACAAUGGAACCGAACUAUGCCGGGGCGGAAUCGUCCCGCUGGGUGGCAGCCGGAGUCAUCAACUUUGAAUCCGACGGACACGGGCACGAGCUGGCGGCGAUGUGCGUCAGGGACCUAUUGAUCAACUUCAACGGCCAGGACUGGGGCAACAAUGGACCGGGCGUAAUCACCCGGGUGCUGAAGCGAAUAUGCAGCACCAAGGCACCGCUGAUGAUGACACGCGAGCGCUGCCGCUACUUCACCGUGUACCCACCGGAAGCCUUCUAUGCCAUAAACUUCGACGACUAUCUGCAGUUCUUCGAGGAACGCUGGGUGGACCAAGCGCUCGCCACCCUCAACCGAUCCAUCGUGACGCAUGUGUGGAACAAGUUUAGCAGGGAUACCAAGGUACGAGUUGGCUCCCGGGUUGCCUACGGGGUGCUAGCGGAACAGUACUGUCCGCGUGUAUACAAAGCGAGCGGGGAGUUUUUCUAG